AUGGCCUCAACAUACCAGACAGUCACGCUUGCCAAGCGGCCCAAGGACAACAUCGUGCCAGGAGAGACAUUCAAACUGAACAAGAACAACAAGGCCCCUUCUGCGGCUGAUCUCAAAGAUGGAGAAGUCAUAUUCGAGUCCAACUACCUGAGCGUUGAUCCUGCCAUGCGUGGCUGGCUCAACGACACAAGGUCGUACCUUCCGCCUGUUCAGAUCGACGAGAUCAUGCGCGGAGGCGCCAUUGGCACGAUCAAAGCCAGCAAAGAUCCUAAUUUCCCGGUGGGAAGCUAUGCGUCCGGGUUGGUGGGGUGGACUGAAUUGGCGGUGGUAAAGGGAAAGAGCCUGGAGAGGGUCCAGGUGCCUAAAGGGGGAAGACUCACAGAUCUCAUGGCUGUGCUUGGAAUUACUGGUCUCACGGCCUAUUUUGGACUACUCGACGUGGGUAAGGUCAAGGCUGGAGACUUUGUCGUCGUCUCCGGCGCGGCUGGUGCGACCGGUAGCGUUGCUGGACAAAUUGCCAAAUUGAAAGGUGCCACUGUCUUGGGCAUUGCCGGCAGUGACGAUAAGUGCCGUUGGUUGGUGGACGAACUGGGCUUUGAUGGCGCUUUGAACUACAAGGACAAAGACUACGCUAAGAAAUUCAGGGCGGCAACAAAGGAUCUGAUCGAUGUCUUCUUCGACAAUGGUGAGUGUAUUCCACCCUAUGAUGGGGAUUUGACAUUGACGGUUUUCCAGUCGGGGGCGAAAUCCUCGACAUCGCUCUCUCACGCGCGAAGCCUCAUGCCAGAUUCGUCAUGUGUGGCGGUAUGUGCAUUUCUAUCCUACCUACGUGAAGAUAUUGACGGUUAUUAG